AUGAACCGUCGACCUAAUGGAGCAGAGGCGCUCAGCAGCAGCAUGAAUGGUUGCAGCAGCACCGGCAGCUGCAGCAGCAGUAACGGCAGCAGUAGCAGUCUUGUCUGCGGCGACAGUAGUCGCCUUCAUUCCGCGUCAGCUGCAGCCACAGCAACAGCAACAACAGGUGAGAUGUGGGAUCAAGAGGCGGAGGACACGGAAAGUUUGGCUGCCAAAGAGUUGAAGAUAAGAAUGAGCAGCCUUAAGAGUACCCUUCCACUUACUGCCCUCUGGUUAGUUGCGCAGCUUGCGUACGACGCGAGUUUGACGGCGCUGACAUUGACAUCGAAUUCUUUGAUUCAAAGUACUUCCGUCUUUCUUUCAUAUUUCUUGGCUGUUGUAUUUUUAAAGCAAAGCCCUCAGAAGGCUGUCUGUGUGUGGCUGGUGGUACUAGCGGGUGGGGUCGCUCUUAUCUCUUCCCACGUUCCUACGCCACCAGAGCCUGCUGCUCCUGCGCUCCCUGCUGCUGAUGCGGCUGUUCAUGUUACUGCUGGCGCCCCAACCCAGAUACACACUCUUGCUGCUCUCGAUGGUGCUGUUGCGGCUCCACUUCCGGCUGGUGCUACUGCCGCUACAGCUCCAGCAGCAGCCAACCCAGCAGAACCGGCUAGUGCUGCCACAGAUCAGCUGCAACAACACACAGCUCUGCUUCCCGCAGGAGGUGGAAGCCCAGCAGCACCAGCAGCAGUAGCAGCUUUAAGUAGGCACAAAAACUCACACAACACAGGGGGCCCCUCAGCCCCAGGAGGAGAGGCAGCCGCUGAGGCGACGGCUACUGCUGUUGCUGGAGUGAAUACUGCAGCAAAUGCAGCACAAUGGAAACCUUCCCGAGCUGCCGCUGCAAUAACUGCAGCUCCAGCAACUGCAGCCGCAGCAACUGCAGCUCACGAAGACAUGAAAGGGAGCGGUUCUGUCCCAGCAACGGCAGCAGCAACAGGAACGACUGACGUGGCAGAAGACGUUGGAACUAGAGAAGCAGCAGCAACAGCAGCAAGAGGAGGGCACAGAGAGAGCGAGGCUGCAGACAGCCUCGUGGGGUAUUUGCUUGCCCUGCUAGCUGCUGCUGCAUAUGCGCUGCAUACCACCGCCCUGAAGGCUCAGGAGACACUUGGGGGGAACUUUGAUGUCGACCUCAUCUAUGGGUUGAUGGGCUUGUGGGUGCUGCUGAUGCUGCCGCUGCUGACGCUGCUGCUGCACGUGCUGCAGGUAGAAGCAUUUAUGUGGCCGGAUGCUCUCUCGUGGAUUGUUCUGCUUCUCUGCGGUCUCGUAGGCACAGCCUUCGCAGACAUCUGUUGGGGUCGUGCUGUCUUCCUGCUUAACCCCGUUGUGGCGACUGCGGCAUCAAAUGUCCAAAUUCCCAUUUCGAUGCUUCUCGAUGCCUUCAUCUUUGGCCGCAGCUUUAAUUGUUGGUAUUUUGUGGGAACGAUGGCUGUGGUAGCCGCGGUGUUGGCUGUAACUCUUAUAACGGCAGACAAGAGACCGCAGCACAACAAGACAAGCCCAGCUCCCUACUCCGCCGUCUCAGACUUCCGUAGCAGCGGGCCGUUGCAGGUAUGA